AUGUAUGGGACUAAAGAGGUGGAACAUAGAAAUGUGUACUCAACUUGCUUAAUCUCCAAAAUGGAUGAUUAUGAUCUCUCGUGCCUCCUUGAUAAGCCAAGGCUUAACAUAGAGAGGCAAAGAUCAUUUGAUGAGAGGUCAAUCAGUGAGCUCUCUAUUGGUCUCAUAAGAAGGGGUUAUGACAAUUAUGACCACGAAGCUCUCAGGAGGUCUUUGGUGUAUUUUCGAGGCCAACCGGUUGGUACCAUUGCCGCGUAUGACCAUGCAUCUGAGGAAGUUUUGAACUAUGAUCAGUGCUUCGUAGCUGAUUGUAAAAAGAGGUUUGGUAAGUUGUUUUACCGUGAAAUCCAUUACAUCUGGUCAAUUAUGGCUCAUGAUUUGAAAUUUCUGAGACUGCUUGAUCAUGUUGAUAAUUUGCUCAGGUGGGGGAAAAGAAUAGAUAGAUUCAAGCUAGGCGAAGGUGCAAUGCCAGCUAGCUUCAAAGUUCUUCACGAGCCUGUACGUAAAUCGGACACAAUUAUUGCAGAUUUUGGAGAGAGUGCCAUUGGAAGAGUUGCUCGGUUGACUCUGGUUUGUGAGUGGAUCAUUCUGCUCCGUUCACAUACAGAUCUACUGGGGUUUUAUCUCUAG